GGCGGGGCUGCGCCGGCUCCGUGCGGGGCGCGCGGCGGCGGCUCCGGCGGGAUCGCGCCCCACCCAUCCCUUUCCACUCAUCCCGUCCCAUCCCAUCCCGUCCCGUCCCGUCCCGUCCCGUCCCAGCCUGCGCGUCCCCGCGCCAUCGCCGGGGGUCCCGAGGGACGCAGCCGUGCAGGGGGCGCGUGUCCGGCCCCGCCCGCCCGGCCUGGUGUCUGUGUGACGGUGCCUCCUCUGGGAACACCGCUGGGGCCGCCCUGCAAGCGCCUGGCGAGGCGGGACACGCUGCUUCGGGCUCGGCAGUCAGUGUAUGGAGCCGCGGCCGAGCGCUCUGGGCGGCUGAUGUCACGGGAUGGAUUCCGAAGCCCUCAGGAAGUUCUCGGCCCUGCACCCGCGGCCUGCCGGGCUGACCCUGCACUACGGCACGGCCGGGUUCCGCAGCGCGGCCCAGCACCUGGACCACGUCGUGUUCCGCAUGGGGCUCCUGGCCGCCCUCCGCUCCAAGGCCGUGACUGCGACCAUUGGCAUCAUGGUCACGGCGUCGCACAACCCUGAAGAAGACAAUGGUGUAAAGCUGGUUGAUCCUCUUGGAGAAAUGCUGCACCCUUCCUGGGAAGAGUAUGCCACACAACUAGCAAAUGCAGAGGAGCAAGAACUAGAGAAGGUGGUAACUGAGAUCUGCCAAAAAGCAGCAGUGAACCUGCACAAAGAUGCCUCGGUUUUUAUUGGCAGAGACACCAGGCCAAGCAGCAAGAAGCUGUCCCAGUCAGUUAUAGAUGGUAUCCAGGUUCUAGGUGGUCAGUACCAUGAUUAUGGUCUGGUGACAACACCACAGCUCCACUACAUGGUCUGCUGUCAAAACACCCAAGGGCAGUAUGGGAAAGCAACACUGGAAGGUUAUUAUGAAAAACUCUCCAAAGCUUUUAUGGAACUGAUAAAACAGUCUCACUGCUCCGGAGAGUUUCAGAGGCACCUGAAGAUUGACUGUGCCAAUGGAAUUGGAGCCCUGAAACUGUCAGAAAUGAAGCCCUACUUUCCACAAGAGGUGGUAUUCCACAUAUAUAAUGAUGGAACCAAGGAGAAACUCAAUCACUUAUGUGGUGCAGAUUUUGUGAAAGUUCACCAGAAACCACCUGGAGGGCUGGACAUGAAGCCCAAUGAGAGAUGCUGCUCAUUUGAUGGUGAUGCAGAUAGAAUUGUUUAUUAUUAUAAGGACACAGCUGGCCAUUUUCACCUGAUCGAUGGAGAUAAAAUAGCAACUUUAAUUAGUAUCUUCCUAAAAGAACUUCUUGCCAAGGUGAAACAGGACUUCAAGAUGGCAGUGGUGCAAACAGCAUAUGCCAAUGGGAAUUCAACACGCUACCUCCAGGAAACACUGAAGGUCCCUGUGCACUGUGUGAAAACAGGAGUGAAACACUUGCACCACAAGGCCCAGGAGUUUGAUGUGGGUGUUUAUUUUGAGGCAAACGGUCAUGGCACAGUACUGUUUAGUAAAGCUGCUGAAACUAAAAUUCGACAGCUGGUAAAAGAGGAGAAAGAUAAUGAGAAAAGAGAAGCAGCAAAGAUGCUUGAAAACAUGAUUGACCUGAUUAACCAGACUGUUGGCGACGCUGUGUCGGACAUGCUUGUGAUCGAGGCAAUCCUGGCUCUGAAGGGUCUGAGCGUGCAGCACUGGGAUGCCCUCUAUGCCGACCUUCCCAAUCGGCUGCUCAAGGUCCAGGUGGCAGACAGGCGUGUUAUUGACACCACAGAUGCAGAAAGGCGAGCACUGACGCCGCCGGGGCUGCAGGAGAAGAUCGAUGCCCUUGUGCAGAAGUACAGACUGGCGCGGGCGUUUGUCCGUCCGUCGGGAACAGAGGACGUCGUCAGGAUCUAUGCUGAGGCAGACACACAGGAGAAUGCAGAUGCACUUGCCCAUGAAGUGAGCCUGGCUGUUUUCCACCUCGCUGGUGGGAAAGGAGCACCACCCCAGCCUAUAUCAUGAAUGGAGUUCAAGCACACAACUUCCCUUAUCUUUUAAUAUCACUUA